AAAAUGGUUGUAAUCUGAAAAGCAAUUUUCAUUAUCAGUACACAUUAACAGACCCGUCGUUGAAGUUCAGAAUUCCGGCGAGCCAUGUUUUUGCUCCGCGUCCACUCAGUGGACGCCGACCACCCUCUCGAUCCCCAAACCAUCUUCCGAUCCCAUUCCCAAUCCAACAACCCUAAAUUUAGCGAACGCAGAGGCGCACUCCACUUGUUCCGAACCUCUCCCCGUUCCUCCCUCCCAACCCAAACCUCCCCCUCCACUCUCCUCUUUAUCCUCGCCGUCCCUAACUACCUCUCCUUCCACGACUUUAUCCCCUUCUGCGGGCCCCACCUCGACAACUUCUACCACCUUCUCUUCAUCAGGAACGACGGGACGGAAGAUCGCUAUAGCGUGUUGAUCAAGUUUGCCGAUCAGUUCGCCGCCGAUGAAUUUUACAGCUAUUUCAAUGGCAAGAAAUUUUCUCCCGCUGAGGCAGAGGUGUGCCAUAUUUUGUUUUUGCAAUCUGUGGAGUAUUCGGAGUAUGCAGAAGUUGCUGGGACUCCUCCUCCUGGUUGUACGGAAAUACCAACUUGCCCAGUUUGUCUUGAGAGAUUGGACCCUGAUACGAGUGGAAUAAUGACAACACUUUGUGAUCACUCAUUUCAAUGCCCUUGUGUCUCCAAAUGGACGUACUUGUCUUGCCAGGUUUGUCAAUUCUGCCAGCAACAGGAUGAGAAACCAAAUUGUUUUAUUUGUGGAACUAUAGAUGAUCUCUGGGUUUGUAUGAUUUGUGGGUUUGUUGGAUGUGGAAGAUAUAAAGAAGGGCAUGCUAUUCAGCAUUGGAAAGAUACUCAGCAUUGCUAUUCUCUUGAUUUUAAAACACAACAAAUUUGGGAUUAUGUGGGUGACAGUUAUGUACACCGAUUGAACCAGAACCAGUCUAAAAUUGAUGGCAAGUCGGAGGAGAUGAAUUUUCGCUGUAUGUCACUGGAAGGAGAUUGUGAUACGUGUGAAUGUCGUGAAGAUUUAGGAAUUAACGGGGCCCUUUUCAACAGCAAAGUUGAAACAAUUGUGGAUGAAUACAACCGUCUUCUUACGUCUCAGUUGGAGACACAAAGACAAUAUUAUGAAUCUUUACUGGUAGAGGCAAGAAGUAAAAUGGAAAGUUCCAUGACUGAAGCAGUCGAGAAAGCUGCAGCUUCUGAGAUGCAGGAUAUCCAAAAUCAACUGGAAAAGUGGACAGAAGAAAGAAAUGCCAUUGCUGAGGUCAAUCAGAAACUCAUAAAAAAUCAAGAGAUUUGGCGAAAGAAAGUUAAAGAAGCUGAAGAGAGGGAAGCUACAUCAACUAAAGCGAUGAAUGAGAGGAUAAUUGAUUUGGAGGAACAGAUUAGAGACAUCAAGAUCUUUCUAGAAGCGCAAAAAACAAUUGAUAAAAUGUCAGAUUCAAAUGGAAUCAAGGAUGGAACAGUCCUACCUGUGGCUUAUGAGUCAUCUCCAGGUCACAGAAAGAGAAAUAAAAAGUCUGGUCGAAGGCGGAAUUAGUUGCAACGCAAACCAGAAGACUUGUUCUUUCGAACUUAUGGAUAUAUAGAAGUAGAACCAAUUCGUGGCCUUGGAUGGUUGUUUGCAUGUUUCAGAUGUUGUACAGUUGAUGCUUGUAAACAGUUAAUUCGACGAAAUUCGUAGUUCUAAGCCAUACCAGCGAUGCCCUUCGUAGAUAUGAUGGUAAACUGACCUGCCCGAAUUCAUAAAGAUUUACGAAUGAUAUGAACCUUACCCCAUAUUUAACGAAAUAUUAUUUCUAAGUCUUCAUAAA